UGUGUGCGCGCGCGCGUCUCAGAAGCAGGUGCAGGUGCACAAAGGAAUCUCAGGCUCAGGUUUAGUAAAGGUUAUCUCAUUAUCUGGGCUGUUUCAUUGCCAAGUUUGUGUGUCGUGUGUGAAUGAGGGAGCCUGUCUGAACACGUGUAAUGUAGGCACUAUGGUUUUUUUUUUCUGAAAAGUUUGUGUUUGUCACUUUUUCAUUUAAAUCUGCGUCUUUAUGUCUUCAAAGUAUAUGAAAGGGUGAUUGUUAAGUGAGAGUUUAGAGUACAGGAAAUAGAGAGAAAUAGCAACAGGGAGGAAGUCAAAACAUGGGCUUUGGUGCCAGAAAAAAAGAGAGAAGAAAAACUGACUCACUCACUUGCUCUGCUCAGCUGGCUCCCCAGGAGCAGCAGUGCGUUGGCUUAGAGCAGUGGAGGGCCGUGGGCUGAAGGCAAGGCAGACAAAAGGGUCCAUGUGGAAAGUCGUAAUCUCCCCAGGACACCGCUCACCACCAGCCCCACCUCCUCUCCCACCCCCAUCUCCCCUCCUCCCAUCCCCAUCCCUUUCCACGCCGCUCACCUCCCACCUCCCACCUCCCACCCCCAACCCACCUCGCUUCCAUCCCCUUCCAUUGCUCUUGCUCAGCAUGUAUGCUCAUCUAAGAGAAAGUCUGCAUGGAGAGAGAUACGCUUGGAAAUUUCGGAAUUGGGAGGUGGGGCGGUGAGGGGGUAGACUUCAAUACUCUCUGCCAGGGCCGCUGACCGAUUUGGCCGGGCCCGGGACAAAGUCAUCUGAACUACACACAUAAAAUGUAAUGGAGAUCCAAUUCUGCACCACACACACCCCACUCUGGGCCCAGGACAACUGACCCAUUGGUCCCUUCCGCUGUCGGCUUCCCUGUUCCAUGCUGCUCGUGCUGCUAAGCCACUUGUAUGGUUUGGGUAGGGACCAAUGAUUAGCCCCAGUCCCACUGUGGUUUUGAUUCCACGUGCUGGGAGCCAAGCGUUGCACUCUUGACAUUCUUAGGUGAUUAUUGGUGGACUGCAUUGACCACUUUUCCACUUGCCGUUACAGUAAACCUGACUAGUCUGCUUGCUCCUGCUGCUGCUGCUGCUGUUGUGUGAUAGCUCUGUCCACGUGGUAGGCUGGUCUGCUCUUGCUGUCCUGAAGCGACUUAGUACAUUUUCCACAGAAAAAUUGUCAACGUCAACACACAGUAUACUAGGACAUUGAGGAGUCACUGACGAACACUCUGAGACAGUGGUAAUUACUUAGGUCUUAAAAGUUUCGAUGUAAGCAACUAGACUUCUUCUUUGAGUUUGUCCCUGAGAUUUUUUUAAUUUAAAGUCUUUCUGCCUUCUUUUUGUGGAGUUAGAAACUGGAAUGUCAAACUUUGACCUGUCCCGCAAUUCAAUUUGCGGUCACUAGGGACAUCUAGAUUUCUAGGAUAGCAAUGGUGAAGAAUCUUAAAUAUUCCUGGUUCUGGUUCGUGAUCUGUAUCACCGCCAAAAUAUAAUCACUUGUACCUUUGGUCAUUUCCAUCGACUCCAAAAAGUUUCAUCCAAAUCCGUUCCUAAGUUUUUGAUUUAUCCUGCUGACAAACAAGCAGACAGACAGACAGACAAACAGACAAACCAUGGUGACCGAAAACAUAACCUCCUUGGCGGAGGUAACAAACCGCCCCACCCACGUGUUGCCACAUUAAGCAGAACAGAGGAUGGUUCUUGGAAAUAGGAGCAGAACAUCUUCAAGCUGAGAGAAGAAGUCUAGUACCUUACAUCAAAAGUUUGAAUAACAUGACCUGUUUCAAUUAGAAUCAUCAUAGAUGUAUUGCAGUGAGGUAAUGACACAGAAAAGAGAUGUUGGAUUCACAUCAGAGUACAGAGAUUGUUUUGCUUGAGCUCGUCAUCACUAGGAGAUUUCUUGGACUGGAGAUAUAAAGACAGAUGAGACAAGGUCUUUCCAGUUUUCGUGGGAGGAAGGACAUCUGUAUGUGUGUGUGUGUGUGUUGUGAGUCCCUCCCCCAGGAGAGUGCUUUUUCCCAGGGUCCGCUCACAGGAAACGCCCCUGCUCUCUAGGCCUCACUUGAGGACCCUCCACAACUCUCCAUCUGGUCAACUGAACUGCUUGGUUCCGGCAUCUUUGUUUGUAUUUAGCUUUGCAUGCUUGUUUAGAUUCUCAGAUGUCUGCAUUCCCCUCUGCUGGCAUAAACCAUGGAAAAAAUGCUAGCAAUGAUCAUCCCUCUCUUUUCUUUUCAAAUUCUUGGAGGCAGAUCCAUCAUAUCCAAUACCAUGUGGUCUCCACACAGCCUCAUCCUCCUGCCUGUUUUUCAUUAAAGAACGAUUUGUUCUGAACAACUUCUCAUCCGGAGAGCUUUUUAAAAUAGCCACACGUAAAUAGUGUGCUUUGUUGUGUCAGCUCUAUAAUUUCUAUUUACCAGCACUCUCCUUCCAUUCAGUUGGCUCAUAAUGAUACAAUGUUCCCACUCUCAAGGCCUGUUAUUAAGCCUUAUCCCUUUCUUCUGAGAAUGUGUCAAUUCCCUUUGUUCAGCAUACAAAUUCACAUCAUGUGAUUGUAUCAGGCGAUUCUCACCAGUCAAACACAUAGAGCACAAGGGGACUGCUUGAGUUCUCACACUCAGGCCUGGAUUGGUAAUCUGGCAAACAGAACGUUUCCCAGUGGGUCUAUUGUCCUCACGUGUUCAUACAAUUGUUUUUUUUAAUGUUCAGACCGGCCCAGACUUCCAUACAAAGGCAAACUGCAGUAACAACGUUGACAUUGAAACUAAGGAAAAGGCCUUCAAAGCAUUGGUAUUAAGUUGGAAGUUGUAGUUAUUGAAAAUUUGACAUCGCACACUUUCGAAUCAUAAAACUUUGUCACAAGGUGCAAGAUUUUUUAUGAAGACCUCAGCCUAAAUUCAACUUUGACUAAAUAUGGUUCGACUCCCGACCCGCCAGGUUGGUGGGGGGAGUAAUCAACCAGUGCUCUCCCCCAUCCUCCUCCAUGACUGAGGUACCCUGAGCAUGGUACCGUCCCACCGCACUGCUCCCCAUGGGGCGCCACUGAGGGCUGCCCCCUUGCACGGGUGAGGCAUAAAUGCAAUUUCGUUGUGUGCGGUGUGCAGUGUUCACUUGUGUGCUGUGGAGUGCUGUGUCACAAUGACAAUGGGAGUUGGAGUUUCCCAAUGGGCUUUCACUUUCACUUAUAUGUAGUUACUGCACUUUGCCUUUGUACCGCAGCAUACUGUGGUUUAGAGGGGGCUAUGCAAAAAUUCCGGUGCCUUGUCUUUGACCCCAGUUCAGCCCUGCUCACACCGGCCUGGCACCCUUUAUGAAACAACCUGCAGGUUGGCACAGGAAAUAUCCACUGCAGAUGUUUGUUUUAUUUUAUUUUUUUACUUCUCCUAAUUUUAGCCCCUGUGACCAGGCGAGCGGCCUAUAGAGGCUUUGAAAAGAGAAACCUGAAGAUGGCGCCCCACAGUAACCCCUCUGACAGACACACACACACACACACACACACACACACACACACACACACACACACACACACACACACACACACACGCACCCAAACCUAUUUUUGUGGGCACCCCUCCUGACAGUACACUCUUCUCCGGAGACUCUCUCUUGCACUCUCUCUCUCUCUCUCUCUCCCUCUCCCUCCCUCUGUGUUGCGAGUGUAACUCUGCACGUGUGGUACUGAUGAAUGCCCGGCGAGGCAGAGCAGAGGGAGAGGAACGUGCAGUAGGCAGCCAUGGCAAACAAACCUCCCGGGGUGUUUACUGUCCACAUGGCCAUGAGGGAAACAAACAGAUUUUAGCUGCCGCCAAAAAAGGCACAGCCUGAAGGGGCUUUAAAGACAAGCUAUGGACCCACAUAUGAUUGAUGAGGUGACUGACAACCAUCAGGACAUGGACAGCCUGAACAGGAAUGUUCCAGCGCAUCCCAGACAGACGCACCAGGUGCUGCAGGGGACCCCCUUGGACCUUAUAGAGACCGGCAAAACCCUGAAGGUCCAAGCAGAGCGCCCCCAUCUGGUGAGCCUGGGAAGUGGUCGUCUGAGCACCGCCAUCACACUGCUACCUCUACAAGAAGGAAAAACCACGCUUGGACAUGGGAACACGGACAUUAAUAUCCAGGGUCCCGGAGUCACUGCCCAGCAUUGCUACAUCGAAAACAGCAGCGGGAGCAUCACCCUCUUCCCCUGUGGGAACAUGUGCUCCAUGGACGGCCUUCGCGUCAACAAGCCCACCAAGCUGUCACAAGGGUGCAUGCUGUGCUUUGGUCAAUCUGCCUUCUUCCGCUUCAACCAUCCAGAGGAGGCCCUGAGGAUGAAGAACAUGUUGCCUGGCGGGGGGAGCUACAAGCCCCACACCACAGCAGACCCCCACUCCAUGUUAAACGGGAACCACCAACACCAGCACCACCAGCAGCAGCAGCAGUCGGGUGGUCGUGAUGGCGUCCGACCCGGCCACGGCACCCUAGUGCGCUCCAUCGAGCAGGACCUCCAGGACAUCAUGGACUCCCUGGCCAUGGACGAGGCCCAGACGGCCGGGCACCUCCCGCACAACCCCAUCCCCCAGUCCUCCCCGCUCUCGCCCAUGACGAAUGGGGGCAGUGGUAGUAGUGGACGUUUCCCGGCAGCCCCGACCUCCCCCACCAGCCCCGGAGCCAUGUCAGUGGGCUCCAGCUAUGAAAACACCUCCCCGCCCUUCUCGCCUCUCUCUUCCCCCUCGGUGACCAGCAGCCCUGGGGGAGGUGGAGGAGGUCAGCAGGACCAGGCCAACCCCCCUGUCCCAGCAAGGUCAUCCAGCUUCAGCCACAACUCCCAACACCCCGUGCCCCAGCCGCGCUCCAUGGUCCCCAAGCCUGGAAGUAGCUCCUCGUCCUCGGGCCACAAGGUUCAGGAGAGCCCCAGGUUCCACAGGAAGGCCUUGGUGGAGACACCACCCAGCCCGACAUCUCCGCGCAGGGACCCCACGCAUGGCUCACGGGGGCCCUCCUCCAUCCCUGUCCCUGGUGGGGACAGGCAGACUAACCAUUCACGGAUCACCACCACCACCACCUCACCAGGGAAGUCCACCCCGACCAACUCGUCCCCCUCCCCGGCCUCCUCCAGCCCCAGGUCCAGCGUGAGCUCCACAGCCCAGGAGUGCCCCCCCAGCCCCAUGCGGCAGCAGGCCCGCUCCUCCAGCCCCGCCAAGCAGCCGGGCAGCCACAUCCCCCGGCUGGCCCAGUCCUCCUCAGUGGACAGCCCUGGUCCUCAGCACCACCCCCACCACCACAGCCCUCUCCAGCCUCCCCCUUCACGCGCCGCCACCCUGGCCUCUGGAAGCCCACAGGCCACCCGCCGUGCGCUGCCCCCUCCCAGCCCCUCAGCUGUGCGCAGGGGGGUGGGGAUGCCGGUUCUGCCGGGGGCACUGCCCGGCGUCCCACUGACCCCUCGCAGUCCGCUGAACAAAACGGUCCCAGAGAGCCCGCGACAUCAGCGCAGGGUGACCUCCCCCGGUGGCUGUGACGAGGACAGCCAGCACCAGGGGCUGGGGGCGGGGUCGAGGGGCAUGCUGAGGGCACGUAGUCCGUCCCCCUCGCGUCUCAGGGACCAAUCAGCAGCCAGCAGCGGGAGGGCAAAAGGCGGGCACCACGGCACCGGCAACACAGCUCCCGGAUUGGGCAUGCAGCCAGGGGUUUCCCCCCUCACCAGCCCGCGGGCCCAGAGGAAGGCAGGCGUUGGCGUGGGCGGCGGGGUUGGCACGCCGGGCAGGGAUGGCGGCGGGGCGGCAGUGGUGCCCUUCAGGCGCGAGCGUAAAAACAGCAUCUCUGAGAUCAGCGACAACGAGGAGGAUCUGCUAGAAUAUCACAGGAGACAGCGGGAGGAGAGGCUCCGGGAGCAGGAAAUGGAGAGACUGGAGAGGCAGAGGCUGGAGACGAUCCUGAGUCUGUGCGCGGAGUACAACAAGGGCGACGGCCCCCCGGCAGUGGGAGAGCUGGUGGGCAGUGGCAAGACGGGCCUCUUCCCCGGCAUGGAGGAGGGAGGGGGGCCCACACAGCCCCAGCGACCCCCGGCUGACCCCAUUGCUGCAGGCGUGGCCGGCUCCCUCCAGCACGGACACGGGAUAGGGCUGGGGCUGGGGCAGAGCCAGAGGCAGAGGGAGAGGGAGAGUGACGAGGAGAACCUGACGGAGGAGUGCAGCAGCACGGAGAGCCAGCACCAGGACCACGAGGACUCAGCCCGGGCGGCAGGCGUCGGAGUCGGUCUCAGCGUCGGCAUCGGGGGCUCCCAUCAGGAGCUGGUCUAUCUGGAGGACGAGCGGCUCAGAGUUCUGGCCCGCGUGGACGAGCUCAAGGCCCGGGUCACCGAGCUGGAACAGCAGCUCCAGGAGUCCAGACAGGAGGCUGAGAUGGAGCGGGCGUUGCUACAGGGCGAGAGGAGGGCGGAGCUUGAUCAGGUGGAGGCGGAGUUAGAGAUCAUUAACCAGCUGCAGCACAAGCUCAGCGAACUAGACAGCGCCACCCAAAGGGAGAAAGAGAAGGGAAGGGCUAAUGUGUCAUCUGAACGGGACGUCGUGGAGCGGUUGCGUGCCGGGUACAAUGAGCUGAAGAGCCAGCUCGAUAAGUGCCCGGAGUCCCUGAGGGAGCAGUUGCAGGAACAGCUGACAAGGAAAGCGGAGGCUUUGGAGUCGGGCUCCAAGCGCUUUGAGGACCUGGAGUUCCGUCAGCUGGAGCGCGAGAGUGCCCUGGAGGAGGAGAAGGAGACAGUGAGCCGCCAGCUGCUCCAGGAGAAGGCCGACUACCACCGCAGCGUAGCCAAGAGGAAGGAGCGGAUGGCAGCUCUGGAGAUGCAGGCCAACCAGCUGGGCCUUCAGGCCGCGCAGGAAUGCGAGCGUAUGGCCAAGGACCGAACGCUGGCCCUGCAGAUGCUCCAAAAGGAGAGAGAGCAGUUAACCGGCAUAGAGAAGCGCUACCAUGACCUGACCGGAGGCAAGAGCUUCCCCAAGUCCCCCAACACCAUGAAGGAGGAAGUGCUCCACAUCAGUGAGCCUGACCUCCUGGACGAGGUCUUCCCUCUGCAGCUGCCCCCCGGUCGCCCUGCUGCCCCCUACUGUCAGAACCCUGCCCCGCACAUAAAUAAUCCUCUACGACCUCAGGAGGAGUAUCUGCGUCUGUCGGACGUGUAUAAGAUGUAUGGGACCAGCUGUGUCCAAAGCCACUCUACCUCCUCGGUGCCCCUCUGCUACCCCUCUGCUGCCCUCUCUGUAACAUCAGACUCCCCCCGCGAGCAAUACAUUACGGUGGGUCAGUUGAACGAGCUCUACGGGAUGCCCAAGGUGGAUCCCUCCCCCACGUCUCCCUCUCCUGGCCCCGUUCCUACCCAGUCAUUCCUGCCUCUUAUCCCCGAGCCCCCUCCCUCUAGCCACAGACUGCUGUUUGGCUCCACACGUUCUCUCUCCACUGAGAGCCAGCCUGAGCUGAGCAGGCCUCACAUCCCCAGGCUGGAUUUAGAGCGUUGGUACCAGGACCUCCUGAAUGCUGGGGAGCCUGCUCAGCAGCAGCAGCCCUGCCCUCCCCCUCUGCCUGCUAAAUCCCACUCCACUCGCAGGCCCAUGCAGGUGUACCGGGGCAAGCUUGAUGGAGAGAUGGGCCGGGCAGGCAGCACCAACGGGACCUCCACUCCCCCUUUGCCAUCCAACACUGGCCUGCCAGGCAGGGACACGCCGACAAAGAUGCUGGGCCAUCCCUCCAGCCUCUCCAAGGAGCUGUCGGAGCUCUCGCUCACACAUCUGGACCUGGAGACCAAGAGACAGAUGGCACUGCAGGGCAAAGUGGCAGGACAGUCUCUACUGGAGGAACAGAGGAGCAGAGCCGGUGUCACCACGACGUCGACAGCAGCAGCAGAGCCGCCCAAGCAGAGCAGACAUGCAGUGGAGCUGCAGAACCACUGGGGGGCACUGCAGGGCUCCCAAUCGCAACUCAACAGCAUGUCAUUCCCCGCGUUUGGCAGCGGUGGUAUUGGCAUGGGUGGUGGUGGUGGUGUGGUGCACCACUCUAUCCUGCACCACCAGGCCCCUCCCCCCGGCGCUGAGCAGGCUUUUGACACCCUCAGCCUGGAGAGCUCCGACAGCCUGGAAACCAGCGUCUCCACGGGCAACAACUCCGCCUGUUCCCCCGAGAGUGGUAUUGGCAUGGCCAGCAUGAGACUGGAGGAGAUGGAGAAGCUGCUGAAGGAGGCCCAACAGGAGAAGGCCAGACUGGUGGAGAGCAGGGAGCGGGAGGCGCUGGCUCGCCGGCAGAUGCUGGAGGAGGAGCGGCGGAGGAGGGAGGAGGUGGAGAGGAGGCUGCAUGAGGAGACGGCACACCGGCACAGGCUCAUCGAGGAGGAGGUGAAGAUGAGGGAGAAACACUGCUCUCAGGCUCGUCCAAUGACGCGGUACCUCCCGAUCAGGAAGGAGGAGUUUGACCUGCGCUCGCAUGUGGAGUCAUCGGGCCACUGCGUGGACACCUGCCCGUUUGUUAUCGUUAGCGAGAAGAUGUGCAAGGGCCACCUGGUCAAGAUGGGAGGCAAGAUCAAGUCGUGGAAGAAGCGCUGGUUCGUCUUCGACCGACUCAAGAGAACUUUCUCCUACUACAUAGAUAAGCAUGAGAGCAAGCUGAAGGGAGUCAUCUAUUUCCAGGCCAUAGAAGAGGUCUAUUAUGAUCACCUGCGCAGCGCCACUAAGAGCCCGAAUCCGUCGCUGACGUUUUGCGUGAAGACGCACGACCGCUUGUACUUCAUGGUUGCCCCGUCGGCCGAGGCCAUGCGCAUCUGGAUGGACGUGAUCGUGACUGGGGCCGAGGGCUACACGCAGUUCAUGACCUGAGAGAAGGGCGCCACUCCAUGGAUCAGCCAUAUGGAGAGAGGCAAUGAGGAAAACAGAAAGAGAGAGAGAGUUUGUGUGUCAGAUUGGACUGGUUGUUACCACAGGAGCCAGGGGGGAGCUGGAUGGAGGAGGUGAGAAGACUUUGCACCUCUCCCAGCCAAGAGCUUAUCGACUGACUGUGGCCGCUGUGGCUCCUGCCUCGGCUGGAUGUGGAAGGGGUAACAUGGCCCUGAGUAUGACUCCAGCCUCUAAGACAAAAACAAAACUUCCCAGAGCCUAGUGAUAUGCUCGCAUCACAUCCAAACAAAAGGAGGAGAUAUUUCUUUCUUUCUUUCUAUCUCCAAAAAACAAAAACAAAAAAAGGAUCAUAUGUAAGAUCCUUCGAAUGGUAUUGACUAAUGAACUACCGGUAUACUUUAUUAUUGUUUUUUUGUUGUUUUUUUCAGUUAAAAAAAAAAAAACGUAUUUGAUACGAAUGGUGCUCAGGCGUCAACAGGGGGACUCCGAUCUCCAUCACUCACCAACCCCUAGUGCAUCAGUGGAGUCCGCCUCUGCAUCUUCACUCGGUUCACUCUUGUUUUUUUUUCCCCCACAAGGAUCCAAAUUUGCGAAUAACUUGCGGUAAACUUGCUCCUAACUCACUUCUCCCCCUCAUAAUGAUCAAUUCCUCUUUACAUACCUGUAUGUGUUAGUUCAUUUUUUACAAGCUCAACACCAGCAUCAUCACUUUAAUGCCUUGAGAUAUACAUACAAAGGGAGAUUUUUAAAUGUACAGAAAUUGACAAAGUAUUUGCUGUAAAUAUGGCCACUGAAAUGAUCCCAAAGCUUAAAAAAAGCUGUUGUUGUUUAUUUUUUAAGCAAUUUACACACAUACUUUAGACACACGUUAUUUGUCGACGCUUACAGGACAUUUAUUCGUAUAUGAUGAGAGUGACCCUAUACUAUGACACAGGUUACAAGACAGAAGACAUUGACUGUCUAUGGACAAUACGAGUGUAAUAUGUCAAAAACUAUACAUUAUCUUAGCAUGUACAGUAUAGACAUACAUAUUGCAGUAUUGAAAAAGAGAAGAUUUCAAGUUAACCUGCUGCUUCAGUUCAAAAGAAAAAAAAGAUAUCAUGAAGAUAUAUUUAAAUCUUAGAUUGCUUUUGAUAUAACAGAGACGAAUAAGCCGUUUAUUAUUGUCACAUACAUUUCAUAUUUAUGUCCGUACUCUAUUCUAUCUGAAAUUAUGAAUCUAUUAAUUAAUUUGCUUUUUUGUACAUUUGAAUGUCAUGGUUUUAUACUACGGAAAAGACUUAAAAAGUUAUUAUUGUGAGCCUUUUAAUAUUUCUUUGUGUGUGUAUGUUGUAUGAGAGCUUGGACCCUCCAUAGACAGAAAGAUGACACAGACGACCCAUAAUCUAACAACGCAACAUCCUGUCACAUCCAGCAGACACACACACACACACACACACACACAAUCCAUAGCCUAAACCACACCAACCUGUCAUUACCCAGUACACACAUGCACGCACACGCACACGCACACACUGCUGACUGUGCCAUAUCUGGAAACAAAACCAGACAGAGGACAUAAUGUUGAGAACAGCAGUGGCUGAUUAUACAUGUGCCUUCCUAUUGCCUUUUGUUACUGUAUGUUGGCUUUCUAUUCGCCAUGCUCGCUAACAGCUUCAUUACAAGUAUUUCUGCUCUUCAUAUACAUACAGUAUGUGUCAAGUAUUCAUUUUUUUACCAUGCAAAAUUUCUUCUUUUAAACAAACAAACAUACAAAAACACAAACAUAGGCCUUUGUAGUUACUAACCACGUGUUUGUUAUUUUUCACUGUUAAUUGAACCUUGUUAUCUAUCUAUAAAUGUCUGGGCCAAAUAAAAGAGUGUUAUAGUAAAGAA